ACUCUCUCCUUCUCCCUCUCGACUCUCCACAUCAUAGUCACUUCUCUUCCUUCCAUAUCUCUCUCUUUCUUACCAACACCAAAUACCAUGACCCUCAGCUAAGACACCCCCCAUCUUCAUUCUCCCUCAUUUCAUGUCUCCCCCCAACAACAAGCGCCCUUCUUCCGCCUCCACCACUGCCGCUUCCAACACCAACACCAGCCUCUCCUCCGCCAACUCCGCCGCCUUCUCUUCUCCGAUGAAGAAGCCCAAGUCCCACUCUCAGUCCCUCGACUCCAAGAAUGGCCUCCACCAUUCCUUCAACUCCGCUGCCGAUGACGAUACGGAUAACGCUGCUUCCAUGAUUGUUGACGACGAUCUCAAGUCUGAUGCUGCUGCUGUUUCUCUUUCUUCGAAUUCUCGUGCUCCGAUCACUGCCGGUGUUACCGCGAAUUUGUCUCGGAAGAAGGCCACCCCUCCUAAUCCCUCUACCAAGAAGCUUGUUAUCAAGCUUGUUAAAGCUAAGCCCACCCUACCCCCAAACUUCGAGGAAGAUACUUGGGCAACCUUGAAGUCAGCCAUCAAUGCUAUAUUCUUGAAGCAGCCUGAUUCGUGUGACCUAGAGAAACUUUACCAGGCUGUUAAUGAUCUUUGCCUGCACAAGAUGGGGGGAAGUCUUUAUCAAAGAAUUGAGAAGGAGUGUGAAGCCCAUGUUUCUGCGGUACUGCAUUCAUUGGUUGGACAAAGUCCAGACCUAGUAGUUUUUCUAUCACUUGUUGAGAAAUGCUGGCAGGACCUUUGUGACCAAAUGCUGAUGAUUCGUGGCAUAGCUUUGUAUCUUGAUAGGACAUAUGUGAAACAGACCCCAAAUGUGAAGUCAUUGUGGGACAUGGGAUUACAGCUAUUUCGUAAACAUCUUUCUUCAUGUCCUGAAGUUGAGCACAAAACCGUUACUGGUCUUUUGAGAAUGAUCGAGAGGGAAAGAUUAGGUGAAGCUGUUGAUAGGACUCUUCUGAACCAUCUUUUGAAAAUGUUUACUGCCCUUGGAAUUUACCAAGAGAGCUUUGAAAAACCAUUCCUGGCUUGCACAGAGGAAUUUUAUGCUGCUGAAGGUGCAAAAUACAUGCAGCAGUCGGAUGUUCCAGAUUAUUUGAAGCAUGUCGAAAUAAGAUUACAUGAAGAACAAGAAAGAUGUCUACUUUACUUGGAUGCAAGUACUAGAAAACCACUCAUCUCAACGGCUGAAAAGCAGCUUCUUGAGCGUCAUAUAUCUGCAAUACUUGAUAAGGGCUUCAUGAUGCUGAUGGAUGGAAGUCGUGUUGAUGAUCUCCAUAGAAUGUACAGUUUAUUUUCCAGGGUCGAUGCCCUUGAGUCUCUGAGACAGGCACUAAGUUCAUACAUCCGCAAAGCUGGUCAGGCUACAGUAAUGGAUGAAGAGAAAGAUAAAGACAUGGUUUCUUGCCUCUUGGAGUUCAAGGCAGCACUUGAUAAAAUAUGGGAAGAAAGUUUCUCAAAGACUGAAUCAUUUGGAAAUACUAUCAAAGAUUCGUUUGAGUUCCUAAUUAAUCUACGUCAGAACCGUCCUGCGGAGCUGAUUGCGAAGUUUCUGGAUGAGAAACUUCGAGCGGGCAAUAAGGGAACAUCUGAAGAGGAAUUGGAAGGAACCCUUGAUAAAGUUUUGGUUUUAUUCCGUUUUAUACAGGGUAAGGAUGUUUUUGAAGCAUUCUACAAAAAGGAUCUUGCGAAGAGGCUUUUGCUAGGAAAGAGUGCUUCAAUUGAUGCUGAAAAGUCUAUGAUCUCAAAGCUCAAAACUGAGUGCGGUAGUCAAUUUACUAAUAAACUUGAAGGAAUGUUCAAGGACAUUGAAUUAUCGAAGGAAAUUAAUGAGUCUUUUAAACAAUCAUCCCAAGCAAGGACAAAACUUCCAUCAGGAAUUGAGAUGAGCGUACAUGUCUUAACCACAGGUUAUUGGCCAACGUACCCCCCGAUGGAUGUCCGGCUCCCACAUGAGUUAAAUGUAUACCAGGACAUAUUUAAAGAGUUUUACCUCAGUAAACACAGUGGUAGACGGCUAAUGUGGCAAAAUUCUCUGGGUCACUGUGUCCUGAAAGCAGACUUCCCAAAAGGUAAAAAGGAGCUUGCAGUUUCUUUGUUUCAGGCCGUAGUUUUGAUGCUAUUUAAUGAUGCUGAGAGUCUGAGCUUCCAAGAUAUGAAGGAUGCCACUGGAAUUGAGGAUAAAGAGCUGCGGAGAACUCUCCAGUCCCUUGCAUGUGGCAAAGUUCGUGUCCUUCAGAAGGUUCCUAAAGGCAGAGAAGUGGAGGAUGACGACUCUUUUGUGUUCAAUGACACAUUUGCUGCCCCGCUCUAUCGUAUAAAGGUCAAUGCAAUCCAGAUGAAGGAAACGGUGGAGGAGAACACGAGCACCACUGAGAGAGUAUUUCAAGAUCGUCAAUAUCAGGUUGAUGCUGCUAUAGUUCGUAUCAUGAAGACGAGGAAGGUGCUUAGUCAUACUCUUCUGAUAACUGAACUAUUCCAACAGCUCAAGUUUCCCAUUAAACCAGCUGAUCUGAAGAAAAGGAUUGAGAGCCUUAUAGACAGAGAAUACUUGGAGAGAGACAAGAAUAAUCCUCAAAUAUAUAAUUACUUGGCGUAACAGAUCAUUUUGAGUCGAACCUUCUACAUGACACAGGGAAAACCUGCUACUGUCAGCUGAAGGUUUAUUUGAUAAUGUACAGUAAUUUGCACCCUUUUUUUUUUCUUCAACAAUGUAGAUGUAAUAUUUUUUUUUCCCCAUAUCUUGAUAAUUUUGCAUUUAAAAAAAUUCUCGAAACCAAUAGCAAUAUGUUGUAAAAUAUCAGAGAUUUAGUAAUCAGUACUGAAUAGCCUUUGGUCGCUCAAAUCUCCACACUUGCCGUGUAUUACCUCAACCAUUUAUAGAGUGACUCCGACCCCCAUCCAUCCCCCUCUCUUAUGUAAUCCUGUAAGGUGUAAGUGUUGGUGUUAGUGAGACUAGAUGGCUGACUGGUUAAUUUGUUCAAUGAUCAAACAACCUUAUUUCAAUUGGUACGGAUAUAUACAAGUAUUUACAUCUA